AUGGAACAAGAACUGAACAUAGACAAAGAUCUGUUGGAGGGUCUGUGUGCGUUGCUGCACCUCGAACCUAAUCGCAUCAAGUUGAACGAAGCCUUUGUUCGCAAUGGAGGUGACUCCUUGUUGGCCAUUCGAUUCAGCAACUUGAUCCAGACUUUGGAGCACGUUCGUGUGGGUGCUGGUGCGAUUCUACGAGCAAAGUGUCUCGGCACUCUCCUUGACAGGCGAUCGUUGAGGGAGCUUACCACUGGAUCGACUGUUCAGCCAGCCCAGGCUAUUGGCCUGCUCGCAAAGUCCUCUGCUCAAGACGACAUCGACGACAAGACGCUCGACCCCAUUCAACGAUUUCCAAAGGUGAUUCCGACUAUUGGCCUCCCUACGACCUUCAUUCAAGCGGCUACCGCCCAUUAUACGCAUCUCGUCCCAGGCGCAGCGGUUCAACAUGUAACCCAAUACUGCUACACUGAUGCUCUGCCUCAGCUCAAGCAAGCCUUUGCGAAAGUAAUGUCAAGCUACCAGGCUUUCAGACUCAAAUUCAGGGUGGAAAUCGACCCUCUACUGGUCAGAACAUCACUAAAGGAGUCAUUCGAGCUGAACUGGACUGAGCAGCAUGUCGAAUCUCCGGAAGAAGCGGACCUCGAGGAAUCUCUCCGUGUAUGGAGUGUGGAKGCAUCUUCAGAGCCUGUUUUCCGCGUUGUAACACCUCGCGAAACCUCAACCGGCCGCAAGCUGAGUGUUGUGCAUUGGUUCUGCCAUCUCUCCUUGAUGGAUGGCAGGUCAAUGGAUAUUCUCAUGAGUCAAGUCGAUGCAUUAAUGAGGAACCCGUCACCAGAUAUCAAAUGCAACGAUUGCACUUUUGAUGUGGUCAAGGGCCUGGCAGACUACCACACACAACAAGAAGCUGCCGCAAAAGCGUUCUGGGCUACACGGGAUGUGCCCUCGGGUUCGAGGAAUCACCCGCUGUUACAGGCUCUGGGCACUCGAGUAUCGUCGCGGGUKCGUAUGAAGUCGAUCGAGAUCCACUACCCUGGUCACCUAAGAGAAUUCCAAUCGCGCACGGGGUUCACCUUCGAGAUUCUUGUUCGAGCGGCGAUGGGGCUGGUCCUCUCAAAGCUGCAAAGCAAAUCAACAGUGCCCCUUAUGUCGGUCAGCUCCCGAAGGUCACUGGCGGUCCCCGGUAUUGAGGAGGCCAUGGGAAGUUUCGCAUCAUCAAUGGUUCUGAGUAUCGAUAUCAACGAGAACGAUACCGCCCAUGACCUGCUAGAACAAGUCUUUAACAAAGUGCUUGAACUGGACGAAAUGUCGUACUCUGAUCCUUCAGACGGCUUCUCCUUGGGAGGACUUGUCGUGGUUUCCAGCGAUCUCCGAGACCAUUGUCCAUGGUAUUCUGGUGGCAAACAGACCGAAGUAAUGUCUCCGAAGGAGACUCUGCCAACCCUAUAUGUCGGAUCAAACGGCAGACUUCGCUUUUGCUACAAUAGCGAAUGGCGAACUCCCAUGGAGAUGCAAGUCAUGGUAGAUCUCUUCAAGACAGCAUUGAUCACUAUCGGGAUGGGAACAACUGGAGUUGGACAGUGUCUAAGGAAUAUGCUUCCUGUUUCCCAAAGGCAAAAGGUACUUGAAUGGGGAAACUGCUUCGCGACCACGACGWCGCUGGAAGGUAUAGAUGAUGAUAUUGUGUCAUUGUUCCAGAAACAGGUCCAAGAUCGAGGCGAAGAAGUAGCCGUGCAGUUUCGUGAACAGCUCAUCAGCUACACAGACCUCGCGGAGAGWAUUCGAACAGUCGGGCGUCGGCUCAAAGAGCUGCUGAAGCCUGGAAGCGUGGUUCUACUCCAUGCAGAUGGCUCAGUGAAUUGGGUCGUUGCAAUGUUUGCGGUUCUGUGGGCAGAGUGUGUCUUCUCGCCUCAGGGCGCAGCCAUACCACAUCAGCUGCGAUCGCAGUACUACGCGAUCGCCGAUGCUCAAGCCUUCCUGGUGCCCCAGAAAGAUACAGCUGCGUUGACUCCCGACGGCUGCAACUUGAGCUUAUGCGUGGAGACAAUUCUGCGGGACGCCAAAGAAGAAAAGGAGAGUAGCCGUGAUGAGCUACAUCGGAGACCAACGAAACCGCUGGCAGGGGCAUACAUCUGUUCCUCAUCCGGCACUACAGGCAAACCAAAGGCAAUACGGUGCGUGCAUUCCGGAGUAGUCGGCGUUCUCAGCGACCCUAUCGCUCGACUGAACGUCGUGCCAGGCCACCGUGUGGCACAGACUCUAGCACCUUCUUUUGAUGGUGCUCUGCUGGAGACAUUCUCUGCUCUUUGCUUCGGCGGUACAUUGGUCUUGAAAGAUCCAUUGGAGCCGUUUGCACAUAUGCGAACGGUAGACUCACUAUUCGUCACCCCUUCACUCGCCGCGGAGCUCAACCCGGAGGAUUAUCAUCAUCUCAAGAACAUCUACAUUGGCGCUGAAGUUUUGCCACAGACUACUGCGGAUAGGUGGUCCGCGGGCAAAGCUAUAUGCAGGAAUAUUUACGGCCCGACUGAGUGCCAUUUGGUGUCCACCGCUCAGACGAUCAAGCCGGGAGAGCCAGUCACCAUCGGAAAGCCAUUCUCAUCCACUCGAAUAUACAUACUCGACGAGCAGGGACAAUUGGUACCUCCGCUCGUUGCUGGUGAAAUCUACGUCUCCGGGGUGCAAGUGUCGCUAGGCUACAUUGGCCUCGAAGAAGAGACCAAGCUCCGCUUCGUCCCAGACACCAUCUGGCCAAGUGAUGGCGGCCGCAUGUACAGAACUGGGGACUGGGGCUACUGGACUCUCGACGGACAAAUCGCGUUCAUCGGCCGGAAUGACAGACAGAUCAAGCUAGGUGGUUUCCGGAUCGACCUCAACGAUGUGCAAGCGAGACUGCAAAACGCCAUUUCCUCGGACGCACGGGUUGUAGUUGUUGUGGUUGGAGAUGUUCUCGGAUGCGCGAUAUCCGGUGGGCACAAUCUAAGUCCUGAGCAAGUCAAAGCUGUGGCAGAAGAUUCUCUACCACCACAGCAAGUCCCAAAAGUCAUUCGCUGUCUCGACGCGAUACCAGUGUCCUCGUUUGGUAAAGUAGAUUAUCGAGCUGUUACGAAGCUCUUGAGUUAA